UUAACAACAAAAGCUGCUGCCGGCCGGAGCAUGCGCGGUGCGGAGCAAAUUGCCAAAACAUCAAAAUCUCAAGUUUCCAUGGAACGAGUAAUUUUGGCAAUUCUUGUUGCUCCUCGUCACACUUUGGCGUUGUAUUUUUACAAGAUUUCUCCAAUUUUGGGCCAGAUGGCUGGAAAUUUUGGAGGCGUGGUCGCUUUGUGACAUCGAGGCGGCGCCGUGAACUCGACUGAUCGCUGACAUAAAAGGACGACGCCGCCGGGCCCCCUUGUCAAAGGACAUUUUUUGGCCCAAAACUGUCGAAAUAUUGGUUGUUUUCGGGAGUUGAGGGUUGCGGAUGGCGAGUAGUGUGAGUAGGAUGGAGGUGGAGCCGUCCCCACAGGCCGAGCCGUGCCUGGAGGACGGGAACGGGGGGAGCCAACUCCGCCGCUCCAACAGUGCCCCGAUGAUCAACAAACAAAGCGACCAUGCACCAGUUUUUCAGCCGGUGAUAUCGCCACGUGUCAGGAGAUUUAGUGCCAGUGUGGUCAACAAUGGAGCCAGCCCCAAUGCAGUAUCUCCUCCUAUCAGGAUUGGCCACAGAAUUUCUCAACUCAAAAGGGAAGAAGGGAUGAGUGUUUCAGACCGAGAGACUGAACAUGAAAGGGAGAUGCACUCUGUCAUGCAAAUGAGCCAAUCCUGGGAGGAGACCUCUUUGAGGGACAAGUUUAUGCAGUCCUUCUCUGAGGAGAAAGGGGGCACCCUGAACAGUUCCUCCGACUCCAGUACCAAGACGGUGACUCCUCCCACAUCCCUCCCCCCCAUGUCACCUUCCAGCCGAUUCGCCGAACCGCUCACCAUCCUGCCUGCCUCCCUGCCUCUGUCUUCUAGCCCCUCCCCCACAAGAAUUCCUAAUAAGCAAUGUUUUUCCCCCUCCAUGCAAAUGUCUGUGAGGAACAGUAGCCUGAGCCCCAGUCCCAUCCCCAGCCCAACUCGCAAGGCUUUUGUCACGAGGAGGAGUCAGAGUCCUGGAUGUAUCCGGCCAAGCAUUCUUGGAGAAACUCUCAAGAGAAAACUAUGUUCAGGAGACCACAAGCUGGACUUCAGUAGCCCCCCUAAGAGAGCCUGUCACUCAGACAACAGUACACCUGACAGCCCUGCGGCAUCCACACCUCUCAUACACAGUCUGUCUUCAAGCAGCUUGGAGGAAGAUGCCAGCCCACCGCAGUUCAUCAACAGGAUGCCAGGGGGCAUCAUUCACACCACUGCAUCAACCCCCAUGCACACCCUCCCGUCUCCACUUUUCUCCCACUCCUCCACCCUCAUGACAACUCUCCCAUCCCCCAUGUGCACCCUCCCAACCCCCAUCUCCACUUUACCCAACUCCAAAACUACCCUAGCCACCCCCACAUCUACUAAAGCUGGCCCCUUGUCUACUGUCCCUCACUCUACCCCUCCCUCCUCUCUUUCUUCUCCUAUUCCCACUCUUUCCUCCCCUCUAUCCCAGUCCUCUCCCGUCUUUACUGCGGCUGCGUCCGUAUUCACCCCCAUCAGCUCCGUAAACGGACAGAAAUUAUAACAAAUGUUUAACACAGAGUCCAUAAUUUAUUACCCCAUGCUACAUGUAAUGUACAUAGGCGAAUUGUACAGCGUCAAGGUAUGACUAAUAAUAUAUUGUAGAGAUGUAUGUAGAAUUUUUUGUGAAGAAUGCAAGAUUUGUGUACUGUAAGAAAACAUAUUAUUGGGUGAUAAUAUUGGUUUUCCCCCGCAAAUUUUACUACCCUAUAGGUAGGUACAUGUACUGUAGAUAUAUAAUAUUUGCCAGGAAAUUCAUUUGAUCAACAGGUUAUGUUGACUUUGUAUAUAAUGCAAUGCCACAAGGUAUCAGUACAGUUUUGUGUCAAACAAUCUAAUUUAACUUUGUUGUUUACUAGAUUUAUAACUGUAUUUCUCAAUGUCCCAAUGUCUUUUCUAGUCAAAACUGACCAGUGUUUUUCUCACUUUGCUAUACAUGUAUCUGCAUUUCUUGUAAAAUCACAUUGCUGACUGUUUUGAACAAACAUUUUAUUAUGACUUUCAUUUUCAUGGUUUUGAAUUUAUAAUUGUUCAGUUACCGAUUA